AAGGGUUAACAGGAGGAGGCGCAGCAGCGGUCAGCUCGUCUGGGUGGAGUAAAGUUUAGAUAAAAACUACUACAACAAAUUAGCCAAGAGGACUGCAUUAUGGCGGAGUGGAAAAUACCGAGAGAGUAGAAAGCAUCUUCCACACAGACUCCCGCUCGCGACAAAAGACGUUAUAACGUCGGGCGGAGAUGGGUGGUGUGAGCGAAGACUCGCUGCUGGAUUACUUCUACUCCACGGGAGGCAACUCAGGGAGAGUCAAAAAUGCAGAUUUACUGAAGACAUUUAAGCCCUUUAUUGGCCACAGUGACUUGCAGUUACGUGCUAGAUACAGAGAGGAAUUCAAGCUCAUCAUUGACCGAAUCGCUGUGGUGAAGUCAGAGAAUGGUGAGAAGUAUCUUGUCCUAAAGAAGAAAUACAGACAAAUGCUGCAUGAACGAGACACCAAACACCACGGGACCGACGGGGAUGGACAGAGCGGUGCGAGUCCGACCCGAGCUCCGGCCACUGCCCAGUGGGACGCCACGGACACCUCGGCUUCUUCUCAUCCACAACAGGAUGAGCAGAUGCCAUGUGGAGGGCCCGACGCUGCUGCACAGGACCAGCAGACAGGAACAUCCUUCAUGCAAGUUCCUGUCAUCCAAACCCAGGGACCCUCGGCACAAAGCAACGGGGACGAGGAGCUGGACAAAGAUUCGGGGUCAAAGUCCGAGUCAGAGCAAGACGAGGAGUCCACUGGCAGUAUGGGCUCUGCUGCCGUCGCUCUGGAUCCUAUAGAGAAAGAGUGGAUCUACUCGGCUGCAGGUGCUCGAGUCCCUGACCUCUCUCAGCUGCUCAGACAGGACCCCUCGCUGGCAAACAAGAAGGACUUCACCUCGGUGAUUACCGCUCUGCACUGGGCUGCCAAACAUGGCAACAAGGACAUGGCCUCUCUGGUGGCUAACGCAGGCGCUGACGUCAACACAAAAUCGCAUGGGGGAUAUACACCUUUACACAUUGCAGCGUUACAUGGUCAUCGGCAUAUUCUAGACCUGCUCAUAGUGACAUAUGGGGCCAAAGAAAAUGUGAGGGACUACAGUGGCCAUCUUGCCUGCCAUUAUCUGAACGCCAAAGAACCAGAGGGUCUAGAGGAAGACUGCGAGCUGCAUUUUCAAGUCACUCAGGCCCGAGAACGGAACAGGAACCGAAAGUUGGUGUCGCUGUUUCACUCCAAGAAGAAGUGGGGCUCAGCAGAGGAGCUGGCUCCGAUAGAGGAGGAGAGGACGGCGUCACAUCAGCUCAUGCUCCCUGCAUUCAGAGCCAGAAAAUUCUCCCGUUGAGAAAAAACAGACAAAGGGAACGAUUUCUGCUCUCCUACACUCACACAUCCACUUCAUCCUUACAUUCAUAUAUAUUUACAUACAUGAUGUAAACCUACGCGUAUGGAAUUAUUAAUGUGCAUACUUGUUAUGUACACACACAUCAACACCGCUUACAGACAAAAAUCCCCCCCCCCCCCCAGCCCAUUCGCAGAUGCACCUACACAACUCAUCCCAGUACUGAACACAGAUGCUUUAACAGGGAAUAGGAGGUGUUGCAGAUGCUUGUAUGUGUAUUAUCAAUAUUUAUACUGACCAUUUCUUGAAGGCUUUUAAUUUUUAAAUGAAUGUUGCUUAAUGUCACUCAUGCCUUAAUAAGCUCAGAUCACAUGGCUCCUUUAAGCAUGUCAUCGCCUUUUGCGUUUGAGUGAGCAACAGCUGGACUGCAAAAGGGUCCAGAUUCACUUCCAGAGUCUCAGUGUAAAGAAUACGGUUUGAAAUAUUCUGCUUUAAAAGAACCAGAUUUGUCCUUUAAAAAGGGAGCACACUGGUGGUUUGUAUGUUUUGGCCUGUUAAAGGUGCCCUGCCACACGUAUUUCAUGACUCUGUGGUAAUGUCUGAAGUCCUACCAUGGACUGUAACUUGCAAAGAAGACUCAGCUCCAUUUGGGCCAGUUCUCAUUAAUAUUCAACCAGCUUCAAGAUGCUUGACUCUGAUUGGAGAACGGCUAGCCAAUGAGAGCCUGGCUAUCAGCAUCCUUUACCCAGCUCAUGAAUAUUAAUGAGCUCAGGCAACAUGACGUCAGACUAACCAGCUGUUGUGAUUGGUCUGAUUUCUCCUCUUAUUUCUUUUCAGUGGCUACAGCUGAAAGGGGGUAGCAGUUCAUCUUCACAUAGCACAAAUACAUAUAGACCUAACUUAUUUCAAAAAAUAAUAAUAAAAUAAAAAUGGUUUUGUGUGGCAGGGCACCUUAAUGCUGAACAUUUUCCAAAACAUACAUUCAUAAGUUGUUUGACUGACUUUCUACCUUUCACACAGCUGAGGAUUUAGAAUUAUGUCCUUAUGGCAUUAAAGUACAAUUGCAGAGACACUGUAAGGGGGGGGGGUAAAUUGUAAUGCAUUCACCAUUCUAAAAUUACAAUUACUCUGACAACUAAGGGACAGGAAGAAAGUUAUUAAUAUAGACCCUUCAGUGUUUAUAACAACGUGUUUGUAUUUAGGGGAAAAACCUGCACAGCCCCCUUCCCUACAAUAUCUGAAAAUAUUACAUCAUAAUUUACCAUUAAUAACUAAAAAUAUCAAAGAAUUUAACAUGGUGGACCCCAAUGUUUCCAUUUAACCUUAACAUGUUAAUGGCAUAAUCAUUUAAUCAUUUUGACUAUAGUAAAAUAUAAAUGUGUGGUGAGGAAAACUUUAAAGAUCCUCCCCUCCUCUCCCAAUGCACCUCCCACUAGCAAUAAGAAAGAAAUACACAACCCUCCUCCUUUCCUGACCCGCCUCCCUCCAUCAUGUUUCCAGUCCUGAAUGGUAAUGAAAGUCUUGUUGACAGAUGAGUUAGUGAUGCGUUUGUGUUUGCAUAUUGUUUUUUUCUGGUGGAUUGUGAAUGCAACGUUGCUUGGCGGCAAAGCUGUAAUUCACCAAUAUUAGAUAAUGUCCAUGAAUGCACCAGCAACGAACAAAGCUUGAAAAUCAAUGAGACAAUAGUCUAUAUCCUCGACGUUCCACUUCCGGGAUUGAAAUAUAGGAUUAUAUUAUAUAUACUAUUUUUCACUAAUGCCCGUUUCCUUCCUCUAUGUGUUGGCGUUCUAGACUCUGGUGGAUUUCUGAGGACUAUGGUUACCUGGUCCUCAGAUCUCUGCAGGGUAAAUCCACACAGCUAGCUAGACUAUCUGUCCAAGCGGAGAUUGUUCUUGCACGACUAUUUUACAGUGGCUCCGUGUGGAGUUUAGCCCCGCCCUAGACGAUUGUGAUUGGUGACAGGUUUUUCUCCCAUCCCAGAAUGUUGUGUGGACUUGAUAGACCCUCCUCCGCUCUGCAUCGGGUGGAUGGUCUGGCAAAGCGAGACUAAUGAGGCAACAACAACUCUGAUAAGGCAAUGCAAGAAAGGAGGAGAAUUCCCCCCCCCCCCCCCCCACCUCCUCUAAUUUUAAGAUUAAUAAGAAGACACGUCUAAUUUUAUACAUUCCUUUAAUGACAGAGUUUUAGGUCUGGACACUUUUUUUCUGCAUUUACUGCAAUUAGAGGCAUUUAUUUAAAUCCAGUGAGAGUGAGACUUCAGUCUCUCUCUGUUUGAACAUUACAUCACUAUGGAGUAUAGUGAUAUUAAAUCAUCUGAUGUCCAAUCAUGACAAGAGAUGAGUUUUGUUUUGAAACAAAAAUUUUAACUGAGGCAUGUUGGUUUUGAAAAAGCGGACUUUGCAGAAGGAAACGCAUCACUUUUGAUGGAUAGAUAGAUAGAGCUAUAGAUAGAUAUAUUUGGAUAGAUGGAUAAAGCAACAGACCAGUCACCAUUAGUUAUUUCAAACUACACAACACUUUUGCUAUCACUAGCCUAGUUAACUGGCUUAAAACUUUCCAAACCAUCAGUGUGUUACUUUGUCUGAGCCAAUGGGAUAUUCCAUUUCUUUAGAUUUUUCAUCACUAUCUCUAACGCUAAUAAAGAGCGUGUUGUCACUCAGAAACCUUCAGUAUAGACUCUAAAUGUCUGUCGUAUGACGGCUGAUUUUUCAGUCAUGCUGCAAUUUGUCUUUCGUGCCAUCUGAUGUGUUUUUCGUUGUAACUUUUUGGCUAACGCUCAACCUAAUUGUAUAAUCUAAAGUGAAAAACGUGCCUCCAUUACUGUUGCACAAUAUGUACAUAUAAUGAAGAUAUUUUGUAUUAAACUGUAUUUUAUAUCAAA